GUUAGGAUGAAAAACUAAAAACACUCAAAAAUCUGCAGCUAGCUACUUUUUUUAAUCAGCAGGAGAGAUCAGACAUUAGCCCCUCACCAUGGCAACCGCACCGGGGCGUGGCCUAAUAAUGCCACCCCGCGAUUAGCAUGAUAGCAUCCGGGGAGGAAACGAGUUUCAAACUAGAUUUUACUUUUGUUCGUCUGGUCAUUUGGUUUCGGUUUAAAUCCUGUGGGUUUACAAUGAGCUCACGACAACUCAAUAUGUAACACAACAAGCGCGCAGACAGGUUUUUCUUUUGUUUUUUGGCCGGACAGUGCCACUUUUCGUCAGUAUCCAGUGGAGCUCUGAGAGGAGAAGCUGUGCUCAGGAAUGAGGCCAAAACCGGCCUGUUUUUCUUUUAUUUGUUGCUUGGAAGCAGUGGAGAAACAUGACUCUACCAGAGUCUCCCUUUCCUAAUAAGUUUGUUAAAGCUCUCCAUUCUGRGGGAUGGAUUUUAAUCUUUCCUUGUUUCUGGUGUCUCGACCGCCUCAUCGCGGUGUGCAAAUCCACCACGCAGGAACGAGCUCAGCGAAACGAGCAGGAAUGCUACCUCCACCCUCUCAAGGUCUUCUUCGGCUCUAUUCUCUUCUUCGUUCUUUUCAUCCUCACGGCCCCCCUGGCUUUCCUGGGCCUGCUGCUCUGGGCGCCUCUUCAGGCCUGCCGCAGGCCCUUCAGCUACCACAAAGAGGUGCCGUCGUCGCUAGAGAUGGAGACGCAAAGGGGCUUUGAGAUAACGGGACAGGCGUCGUUCACCUUCGCCACCGCCAACUUGUGCCUCCUGCCGGACAGCCUGGCUCGCUUUAACAACCUGGGCCACACCCAGGGCAGGGCGUCUACCAUUGGUCAACUCAUCGUGAAGAGCCAGAGCMGCACCCAAAACGCCCCUCUGAAUCCGCCCUUUCAGGAUCUCCGGGAGCAUCACGAGGAAACUUGGGAGGUGCUGCCAUCUUUUCCGGUCAACCUGGACGUACUGUGCCUGGAGGAGGUGUUUGAUAAGAGAGCAGCCCAGACGCUCACCAGGAUACUGAAGCCAGUGUUCGGACACAUCCUGUACGAUGUCGGGGUGUACGCCUGCCAGCCCCCCUGCCUGUGUUCCUCCUUUAAGUUCUUCAACAGUGGCAUGUUCCUCGCCAGUCGGUUUCCAGUGCUGGAGGCUCGGUACAACUGGUUUCCCAACAGCAGCGGGGAAGACGCACUGGCUGCCAAGGGCCUCCUCUCUGCUAAGCUGUUAAUCGGGCAGAAUCAGAAAAGACAGAGAGUUGUUGGCUACUUUAACUGCACGCACCUUCAUGCACCAGAGGGCGAAGGGAAAAUUCGCUGCACGCAGCUGGACAUGGUGACCAGGUGGAUCGAUGAUUUUCAGGCUGCCAGCAAACAGCCGGAGGAGGAGGUGGCGUUCGAUGUGCUCUGCGGUGAUUUCAACUUCGACAAUUGCUCACCAGAUGACACGUUGGAGCAAAGUCACAUCUUGUUUGAGGAGUACAGAGACCCCUGCAGGGUAGGACCUGGGAGAGAGAAGCCGUGGGUCAUUGGGACUCUGCUGGAGCAGCCCACGUUGUACGAAGAUGAUGUGAAAACUGCAGAAAGCCUAAAAAGAACGUUGGAAACUGAGGAGCUGAGGAAGCAGUACAUCUCCCCUCCGGUUGCCGCCAAGGCCUUCCCGUUGGUUUACCCAGAGAGCGGCGAGCCGUGGAUCGGACGUCGGCUCGACUACAUCCUUUACCGGGAGAGCUCCGUGUCCAAGCUGUGCAGAACGAAAAUUGAAGCGGUGACCUACGUAACCCAGCUGGCCGGCCUUACGGACCACAUUCCUGUGGGUCUGAGACUGAAUGUGACCAUGGACUCUAACUAUAAUGAUGUAUGACGGCAAAUUCAAACCAUCAGAGCCAAACAUACACAGUUUUACUGCAUGGAGGCAGAACAGUUCUUUCAUUGAAUACUUGAUUUAGUCACUUUAAUGACUAUGUACUGAACAUUGAGUUUAUAUGUAAGGUGGAAGUGUAAUUUAAAUACAUUUAUUGGGAGUUUUACAUCAGUUUUUACAUUAAAUGUUGUUUAGGUAUUAUUACCUGUAUUUUACAUGUGGAUGUUAUUGUCUUUAUUUUAGAAUAUUUUGCUCUUCGAGAUAUUUUCUAAAUAUUAAAUGUAAGUAAUUAAUUUCAUAUUCCGUAUUUAGUCUUCAGUGUGCCAUUACUGAUCAUGUACAAUAGUGACAUAGUUUACAUUUUAUAAGCAAAAUUAUCAAAUAUUUUUGUAAUUCCACAUUAAUGUAAAAUAUUUAAUGAUCAGCCAUGUGAUUUGAAUAUGCAAAAUCAGCUUAGUUAAAUUAAGUGUAAAAAACUGUAUUUUGUUUAAGUUGUUUAUUUUUUAAAUGUAAUAUUUAAAUAAAAUACUAUACGUUCUA